AUGGCAGCAGAGACCUCAUUCCAUCCCCGCCAACUGGGCGCGUACCUGCAGCUGCCUUGUGCCGACAUCGGCAGGCGCAGGAGUGAGCUCGGCGGAUUCGAGCCUCCGCGUACCAUUACCCUCACCUCCGCCGACUUUACCGCGCUGUGGCCAUAUGUAUCAAACGUCUGGCAGGUCACUCGCGGCAGCCCUACGCAGUCGGUUGCUAGGGACUGGCGUUGUCGGUACCAUCGUGCACCGGACGCUUCGGCGUCAACGGGUAAACGGCGGAGGCUAGGGAACAGCGCACCGCGCUGUAAGACCCGAUGCUCCGUCGUCAUCACUCAAGAAACGGUAACGGUUACCUUUUUCGGCACACAUAACCAUUCAAUGAGCACCUGCGACGGCGAUAAACUCAAUGACGCCCUCCGUGCUGCGUUCCGGGCCUACAUUGCUGAUGGCUUCGGAGCGAAACCCCAGUUAGCCCUCGAGGCCUGGCGAGGCGAUGCACCCUCUCAUGAACUCGCAAAGACCGCCGGGCUUCUGAAGAAGGCAGACGCGCAGUUUUUGAAGAAUCUGACGCCAAAAUCUUGCGUCCCACGGCCAGAAACGUGA